AUGAAGACUGCUUUAAUACUGCUCAGCAUUCUGGGAAUGGCCUGCGCAUUCUCAAUGAAAAAUUUGCACCGAAGAAUCAAAUUAGAAGAUUCUGAAGAAAAUGGGAUCUUUAAAUACAGGCCACGAUAUUAUCUUUACAAACAUGCCUUCUUCUAUCCUCCACUGAAGCGAUUUCCAAUUCAGGGAAGAGGUGACUCUUCCGAAGAAAAUGGAGAUGGUGACAGUUCGGAUGAGGAGGAAGAAGGAGAGGAGACUUCAAAUGAGGAAGAGAACAAUGAAGAUUCUGAUGGAAAUGAAGACGAAGAAUCUGAAGCAGAGAAUACCACCCUCUCUACUGGGACACCAGGCUAUGGGCAAGAGAUCACAUCUGGAACAGAAAGCAUGGGGUUAGCUGCAAUCCAGCUUCCCAAACAGGCUGUGGACACAGAAAACAAGUCCACCAAAGUGAAGGAAAGUGAGGAAGAAGAUGAAGAGGAGGAGGAAGAGGAAGAAAAUGAAGAAAGUGAAGCAGAAGUGGAUGAAAAUGAACAAGAAAUAAAUGGCACCAGCACCAACAGCACAGAAGUGGACAGUAGCCAUUAUAGCAGCCGUGGCGACAAUGAUGCAGGUGGUGCAGAAAGAAGUGUCAGUACAGUCAGUGCAGGAGGAACCACAACCACUAGUGCUGGUUUUCAGAGAACAACAUCUGUAAAUGGUGGGUUAGUACCCACAACCCCCCCACAGGAGGCCUAUGGAGCCACCUCUCCACCCCUUGGGAAAACCACCACAGCUGAUUAUGAAGGGGAGUAUGAACAAAUAGGUAACACUGAAUAUGACAAUGGGUAUGAAGUCUAUGACACUGCAAAUGGGGAACCUCGUGGAGACAAUUACCGAGCCUAUGAGGAUGAAUACAGUUACUACAAAGGGCAAAGUUAUGGUGGCUAUGAAGGUCAAGAUUACUACUACCAUCAGUGA